AUGGCUCCCGUUCCCGGCGUAUACUACGGCCCCGACGAAGACGAGGACACCAUCAAUCUCGAGCGGUUCUUCCUCGCCAGCGACCUAGUGUGCGGCGUCGGUUAUGGCAUUCAACUAUUCAUCUGGUCCUCGUGCACGAUGUACCUCUGGAAGCACCGAUCCCGUGGGAGGAAGACGAUGUUUCUCCUCGGCUACCUUGUACUCCUCUUCGCGAUCGACACGGUUUUCGUGAUCGAUCAGGCGCGCACCGUCCAGGUCAUCUACGUCGAGAACAGGAACUACCCCGGCGGCCCAUGGCAGUACUUCCUCGACACUCAGUACCUCGCUAUCAACGUUAUCUUCUACACUGCCUUCUUUAUCAUGACGUUCAUGUGCGACGUCAUCGUUCUGUGGCGUUGCUGGAUCAUUUGGACGUCGUCAGGGCGUAUGCAAGCAUAUGCGGUCACGUUCUUGCCCUGCAUUCUGCUUGUCGCGUCCUUUGUCAUGGGCACGCUCUGGACGUUGCAGUCGAGCCACCCCGGCCUCUCGCUAUACAGCAAGACGCCACUGGCAUACGGCACCGCAUACUACACCAUCUCGCUCAGCACGAACGUCAUCCUCACCGCGCUCAUCACCGGUCGCCUGCUCGCACUCCGCCGGACGCACCUCGCCCACCUCCCGCCACAGCACGCCCACCAGUACCUUUCGCUCGCGACGAUCGUGGUCGAGUCCGCGGCGCUCUACUCCGCGUUCGCGAUUGCGUUCCUUGUUUCGUACGCGCUCGACUCGCCGGUCAACCAGGUCUGGCUCGGAGCCGCGUCCGCCGCUCAGCAAAUCGCGACGUGCCUCAUCAUCUAUCGUGUCGCGGACGGGACGGCGUGGACAAAGGAGAAGAUGGAGACACAGACACAGUCCACGUUCCAGGCAGGAGAUGUGGCUCGCGCCAAACCGGAAGCUACGCCGUCCGACCCCGGCGUGUUCUCGACUGGGAUAAUCGCCGUGUCUGUCGGCGAUGACUUCCUCGCUGAGUCGAAGGUGGAGUAUUCGUAG